AACCACUUCUCCAACAUGAACGUCGAUCCAAGUCAAGGGUCAUCAUUGUCACAGGCUGUGCCCCUUCGAAAACUUGCCACGAGCAUGACAGGGUGUGGAAAGGGAACGGUGUGAAGUCGAGCUGCUCUCGGCUUGUAAACCUACUCCAUCCCACAGAUGCCGAGGCUGGCAAGACUCAACGUAGAGACGGCCAAGGGUCGAUCUCAAAGGUUGCGUUCCAGUCAAACGAGCGCAAAAGCGAACGCAAGCACAGGCACUGCGCGGCAUUCACCAUCCACGCGAAGCGACAAUCAUGGCACAGCUUCGACCGGACACACUCUCGAGACUGCCGUAGAUCUAGUUUCGCCUCCAACUUCGCCAACCGCACGGGCCGAUCCGGACGAUGACCCCUCCAUCCUUCGCAGGCAGGCCUUAUCCAGCAGCGCUGCUGAAGCUGUCAGAGCGAGCGGAGCAGCAUGGAGAAAGCGGCAAGAAGCUCAAGCUGCUGCCAAGGCCUCUGAUGCUCAGUUCAGAAUGUUGCAUCGCCCUGCCGUCAAGCUGGAAGAGAAUCUUUUGAGCGGCGACGCGGCACCGCCAGAGGCUGACAUGAGCUCGACGCCCCGUGUGAAGGCGGAAUCUGGAGUUGCUCAACAGCGCACCGCAUCUGCUACGCAUUUGCAUUGUCUGCAGAGGGGGUCAGACGUCAAGCCUGAUCCGGAUGCCGAAGACGCUCCUGCAGAAUACGCUUCUAGCGAUAUUCCACGUACCCCUCCACGAAAGCGCCAGAGAAGGGAACAGGGACCAGUUUCAGCAUUGGAACCAGCUUUGCCACCAGCUACCACCUCGCAAACAGAUGCCGGAGGGAGCAUGGGAAAGGAUGCUGCACAACGUGUGCAGGCAGAGGGACGUCAAGCUAGCACGACUCUCGAUCACGAAGAGGCUGCAGAUGGAGACGACGAGGUCCGCGUGCGAGACUUUGAAUGGCCAGAGCAUUUCCUCAAUCUCGAGCUGGUUUUCAAAGCUCUCAAUACGGUUUACGCUUUUUGUCAAUCUCGCAAACAUCUGUCCACCACUUACAACACUCUCAGAUCCAGCGUAGAAGCGUUGCUCAAGAGAAACUUGGAAAUAUUCGACUUGGCUCAGCUGAAGUCUUUGUGUCCCGACCUUAUCUCGUUGGCGUACGUCGAUACGGACGCCUUGUUUCUACAUCAAGAACUGACAGCUUCGACUUCGCUCAAGGGGAAGGCGGCAGAAAGGGCAGAUAUAGACAAGACGUAUGCAGAUACAGCCAGGGACAUAGAAGCGGAAGCCCGAGAGCUUCAAGCGAGUACCAGUCAACUCGCAAAUGACGCCUCGCUUGAAGGCCUCUUGCCAGCUAUUGAACUAGAACAACCGCCAACGCAGAACGCGAGCGGAAGGCCGAAGAAUAGCAGAGAAGAAGAGGAUCAGUAUGUCCUCAUGUUUGAGUUCAAUGAUGGAACGCUUCUGAAUGGCCACAAAGCUACUGGUAGGGGCGCUCGUUUUGCCAGACAGAGAGCGGCGAGAAGCAAUGAGCCCAUGAGGGGAAAUCCGAGGCGUCUGCCAGACAUUGAUCCUGUCAAGGCGGCCAAAGGAAUGAAGAAGCUGAUCGACAAGCGUAACUUCAAAUUUGAGCAAGCCGUCUUAGAAUUGCUUCACGCUUGCAUGGCGAAAAACGAAGAGCCAGUCCAGCUACUCAUUGCCGCUGCUGCCGAGCAUGUGCCUGUGGAUCCUAACGGCAAGUUGAGCGAUCCCUUGGGCGAGACACCGAGAAAACGGCGCUUGCGUCUUGAACACCUCAUGACUCAUCCCGAAGAGAGACCACCCAUUACUGAAGUGAUCGACGAGAUGAAGGGCCAAAAAUGGUGGAAAGAUCAGAUUGUGCCUGGCGGGCACAGAAUCAUGGAAAAGAGGGAGCCACGGCACGAGGGGCUGACCUUUGCCCUCUCUCAAGAGCUGGUCGACGCACUCUAUGCUACCAGGAAGAUUGAGGACUUCUAUUUGCAUCAAGCUGAGGCCUUGAACGCGCUAGAUGACGGCCGCAACGUCAUCGUGUCGACCAGUACUUCCUCUGGAAAGAGUCUGAUCUACCAGAUACCUCUCAUACGUGCUUUGGAGGAGGAAAGUACCUGCACCGCAAUGUACAUCUUCCCGACGAAGGCCCUUGCGCAAGACCAGCGUCGCACUCUUCAAGAGUUGCUCUUUCAGCAUGAGCUUCUCACAGACAUCUUUGUGACCACAUACGACGGGGACACGGAAAAGACGCAAAGAACAGAGAUAAGAAAUCGUGCAUCCGUAAUCUUUACCAACCCCGAUAUGUUGCACCAGAGCAUCUUGCCAAACGAAGCUCAGUGGCGUCGGUUCUUACAGAACCUGCGAUUCGUGGUGGUGGAUGAGCUGCACUGCUAUAAUGGGCUGUUUGGCGCUCAUGUAAGCUUCAUCAUGCGACGCCUUCGAAGAAUCUGUGCAGCGUUGGGCAACAGAAACAUUCAAUUCAUCAGCUGCAGCGCCACAGUUGCUAAUCCGGCCGAACACAUGCAGACCCUAUUUGGGAUCGAAGAGGUGGCCGUUAUAACUGAGGACGGAUCGCCUUCUGGAGCCAAAGAAUGGUUGAUCUGGAACCCACCCCUGAUAGACGAUGCUGAUCCUCAACAAGGUAGAGUGAGUGCCUAUGCCGAGGUUUCACACAUCUUUAGACACCUCGUCGAAAGAGGUGUGAGGACUAUCAUCUUUACAAAGGUCAGAAGGACCUGCGAGAUUGUCAUGAACCAAAUCAGGAAUGACUUGCUUUUGGAAGGAAGAGGAGACGUGGCCAAACGAGUCAUGUCAUACAGAUCUGGAUACUCACCAGAAGAUAGGAGGAAAAUCGAAGUGGAUAUGUUCAAAGGUCAACUGCUGGGGAUUGUUGCUACCAGCGCCUUGGAGCUCGGUAUAGAUAUCGGUUCUUUGGAUGCGGUCAUCAUGCUCGGCUUUCCGUACUCAAUUUCGAGUCUUAGGCAGCAAGCUGGUCGAGCCGGUCGGCGACAGAAAGACAGCCUGGCUGUGCUGGUUGGAGAUCCAUUCCCUUUGGACCAACACUAUAUGCGUAACCCUGAUGAAGUGUUCAACCAACCCGACGCGGCUCUCACCGUGGAUCUAGGCAAUGAUUUUGUCAGGGAAGGUCAUCUUCAAUGCGCAGCUGCAGAGUUGCCCAUCCAUCCUCACGAUGAUGCGAUCUUCUUUGGUGGGGACAUCACUGCGUUAUGCAACAACAGAUUGGAGCCCGAUCCAGACGGCGGAGGAUUCUUCCUACCGCGCUAUGAGCUCAGACCCUUUCCAGCUCGAGAGAUCGCCAUUCGGGGUGCGAGACAAGAGACGUACGUUUACGUGGACGAUACGCCCGGACGAACGGGAGGUGCUAGAGUCAUGGAAGAAGUGGAAACGGACAGAGCAAUCUUUGAAGCGUUCGAAGGCGCUGUAUUCAUGCAUCAAGGACGCAGCUUCUUGUGCAAGGAGAUCAGCCACGACACGCGUGUGGCUAGGAUGGUGCAAGCCAACGUCAACUACCACACACGCCCAAGGGACCAUACGGAUACCGACGCGGUCGAAACGCAUCGUAUUCGAUCGCUCCGGGGAACUACCAGCAGAGCUUACUAUGGUCACGUUCGCAUAGAAACUCGAGUCUGGGGGUACUUCAAGGUGGAUAGAAGAGCUAAUAUUUUGGACACGGUGGAUGUGGACUGCCCUCCCUUCAAGAGGGACACAAAGGGGACCUGGAUCGAUGUGCCGCUUUGGCUCAUCAAUGCGCUCGUCAGCAAGACCAUCAACGCCGCGGCUGCAAUACACGCUGCAGAGCAUGCGAUCUUGAGUCUUACGCCGAUGUUUGUCGUCACGAUGGCCGGCGACGUCAGGACGGAGUGCAAAGUGGCGGAAAGAGAAUAUGCGCGCAAAGCUACGACGCGCAAGAGACCUGCCAGGCUCAUCUUCUACGACACGCCCGGCCAGAAUAGCGGCGUAUGUGCCAAGGCGUUUGAGCAUCUUGACGGUCUGAUACGUAUCGCGAUCUCGGUGAUCGAAUCGUGCGAGUGUCUGCAGGGCUGCCCACAAUGCAUCACCUGGCAAGGAUGCGCCCAUGCCAACGUCGUCACUUCGAAAGUCGGCGCUCUAGCGGUCCUGCGAGGAUUGGUAGGCCUGGAACCGUUCGAUGCGGACUUGCCGCAGCAGAACGAGCCAGGACAUGCGGAGGGCAGAUUGGACUCGGUAGACUCUUCGGGCCACACUAUCUGUCAGGCUACUCCUGUUCGAGCCAACCCAGAUGUGCUCGUGGAGGAUCUAGAAGAGGUGUUGCCCCCGCAAAUUGAAGUUGCCAUUCAUAGCGUCAAGCAGGAAAUCAGACAGGAGAGGAGAAAUGAUAGAGAGGAAAUUGGAGAUUCUACUACUUUUGAAGAGGACCAGUCUGCCUCGUAGAUAUUUUCACUAGCGGAAACUACGUUCUCACAUAGCCUCGCGUUGCUCACAUAUCGUCUGUACAACAACAAUCCACGCAAUCCGCCGUGUAUCGGGUCGUGUGAACUUCGCCUAGCCCGAGAUGCGCUUGCUUCUCGUGUUCUAUUGGGGGUCGUGGGCUUCAGCUAGCGACAACCUUCCUUCUGGAAAUGACA